AUGCCCGAGAAACCAAAAUUUGCAUAUGACUGCUAUAUGACAGCCACUUGCAAAGCUAUAUAUUCAGGACAAAUUGCGAGCAAUGAAAAAGCAAAGACUAAAAACGCUGCUGAAAAUGGAACACUUGCAAUGCGGCCAUUUCCAUGGGUAUUUACGGCAUUACAAAUGAAACUCUGGGAGAUGGUUGUCUUUUUCGUUAACAAAUUCUGUCAUCUCUUGCUUGAUGCAGAAAUGCUUAAGACAUUGGGUGGACUCAUAACGGGCGGUUGUAGCAGUUCAGCUGUUAUAAACCAUAAUACCCAAUGUCUCAUAGGAAGAAACUUAAUAACACUUGAUUCUUUAAUUACUGGAAAAAUUUUUGAUCUACAUAGAGAAAUCGUGGAAAACGAAGAUAAUUUGUUGAAUCUUUCUAGACUUUCAGAAGAUUUUCUUAACAAUGAAGAUAUCAUUUUUAAAGGAGGGUCAGAAACAUUCAAUUCCGAAAAGCCAUGGAAAGUUGCAUCAGCUGACAGCUCUUUGACAUUCAAGAUUUCGACAAGUUCUGCUGCCAACAAAGAUUCUUACAACAAAGCAUUUUUUGUUCUUCAUAGAUUUAAUAUUAAGAAGGAGAAGUCGUCGCAUAACAAUGAUCAAAGAAUAUGUAGAUCCAGUUUAACUCAUAAAACUAAAACAUUGCAUUCACAUUUUGAUGCAUCUUAA